AUGCUGAAUUCCGGCGGCGCCUCGCAGCCUCCGUCGUAUCUGAGCGCGCAUUCGUCUGCCGUAUCGGGUUCUUCUCACCACCACGCGUCUGCGUCGUCCUUCUCCGCGGAGCUGGGUGUCGGGGCUCCGACAGCAUCGGGCUCCAAUCCCUUCCUGUCAGGCGCGUCGGGCUCCACGGCGUCUCCGUUCUCGAUCUUGACGCCGCCGCCGCGGGAAGUGGCGACGAGCGGCAUGCUCCUGCUCCAACAAGAAGUGAUUGCAUACGCUGCGCGACGCAGCUGCGGCAGUCGCGAGGAGGCGCUGGCGGUCCUUGAGACGGCGGGGUUUCAGGUUGGUGUGCGUCUGUUGGAGCGUCUCUCGCUGCGGCUCCAGGCCCGCGUGUGGGAACAGCGCGAGUGCCUCAAGUUCAUCUGCAAAGACCUCUGGCAAAUCCUCUUCCAGAAGCAAGCCGACAGGCUCCAGACGAAUCGCCGCGGAGGGUACGUGAUUCAGGACCACAGCCUCCCCUGGCUGAGGCGCCUCAGACCCACCGCUGCCUCCGCCGCCGCGUCCGCCGAUCUCCACGAAGGCGCGGAGCGGGCGAACGUAGAGAGCGAGGCGUUGGCGGUGAAGCAGACCGAGGCCGCAGUCGCGACGCUCACGCAGGAGCCGCUGAUUCACGUCGCGCUGGUCUGCGGCAUCAUCCGCGGCGCCCUCGCGAACAUGGGCUUGACCUGCACGGUGACGGCCGAAGUGACGGCGAGCCCGUACUGCUCUUUUCAGAUCCGAAUUCCGCCCUCUUGA